CCUUGUUGCUCCGCCCCGUGACGUCACGCGCUGUCUGGCCCAUCUCCGUCUUCCCGGGCGCUUCUCUCACCCGCCGAUAUCUGGGGGGACACCCGGAAUUACUGCACCCUCCGCUUCCCCCCCCUUCCCCACCGGCCCCGCCGCUUCGUCUGUGUGAGGAAUAUGUCCGCCAUCUUCUGAGGGAGCCCGGGCCUAAUGUGACGGCGGCCCCCGGGCCUGUGUGCCCCCCUGGGGGGCCGAGGAGUCCCUUCCGGUGAGGAGAGACUUCACUGCCCAUGGGAUCUCCUGCCUGAUAUACUGCUUCUUACCGGCUGCCAUUAUGGAUGAGCAGCAGGCCCUGGAUUCUAUCAUGCAGGAUCUGGUUGUCUUACACAAAGCCAGCAGACCUGCCCUGUCUCUGCAUGAAUCUGGCAGCUCCAAAUCCACCUCACCCAAGAAACAGAAUGAUGUCCGUGUUAAAUUUGAACAUCGUGGAGAGAAAAGGAUCCUGCAAUUUCCCCGGCCGGUUCUGCUGGAAGACCUUUUCACUAAGGCCAAGGUGGCCUUCGGGCAGUGCAUGGAUCUUCAUUACAGUAAUAACGAGCUGGUAAUACCGUUGAAGACACAAGAUGAUUUGGACAAAGCCGUUGAGUUGCUGGACCGAAGCUCUCAUAUGAAGAGCCUUAAAAUUCUGCUUGUUUCUCAUGUGCACACUCAGGUCCCCAGCCCUUGUGACAUGGAGCACAUGCCCUGCCUGGAGGACCUUGAUAACACAGUAUUUGGAGGAACGGAGAGGAAAGACAGGACUGCGAUUCCUGUUACUAGGGAUCGGAGUUCCCCUCCGCCAGGAUACAUUCCAGAGGAACUGCACCAUGUUGUUCGAAAUGGUUCCUUUACCAGCAUUAACAGUGAAGGGGAGUUCAUUCCAGAGAGCAUGGACCAGAUGUUGGACCCUUUAUCCCUGAGCAGUCCUGAAAACUCUGGCUCUGGCAGCUGCCCAUCUCUUGAUAGCCCUCUAGACGGUGAAAUCUACCACAAGUCCAGGAUGCCCAGGGCUCAGAGCUACCCUGACAAUUACCAGGAGUUCUCAGAAUAUGACAUUCCAGUGUUCGAAAAAUUUGGGAAAGGCGGCACCUACCCACGAAGAUACCACGUGUCUUAUCUACACCAGGAUUACAGUGAUGGCAGGAAAACCUUCCCAAGGGCCAGAAGAACCCAAGGGACCAACUUCCGUUCCCCGGUGAGCUUUAGCCCCACAGACCACUCCCUAAGCACCAGCAGCGGAAGCAGCGUCUUUACACCAGAAUACGAGGACAACCGGUUAAGGAGAAGAGGGAGCGACAUUGACAAUCCAACCUUGUCCGUGAUGGAUAUAAGUCCACCCAGUCGAUCGCCACGUGCACCGUCAAAUUGGAGGCUUGGAAAACUUCUCGGACAGGGGGCGUUUGGCAGGGUGUACCUGUGCUAUGACGCAGAUACUGGCAGAGAACUGGCAGUGAAACAAGUCCUGUUUGACCCAGACAGUCCAGAGACAAGUAAGGAGGUGAACGCUCUGGAGUGCGAGAUUCAACUGCUGAAAAAUCUGCUACACGAGCGCAUUGUACAAUAUUAUGGCUGCUUAAGGGACUGCCAGGAGAGGACGCUUUCCAUAUUCAUGGAAUAUAUGCCAGGGGGAUCAAUAAAGGACCAACUCAAGGCUUAUGGAGCACUAACAGAGUUCGUGACCCGGAAGUACACCCGCCAGAUUCUGGAGGGGGUGCACUAUUUGCACAGUAAUAUGAUUGUACAUCGAGACAUCAAAGGAGCUAACAUUCUGCGAGACUCUUCGGGGAAUGUAAAGUUGGGAGACUUUGGAGCCAGCAAACGUCUGCAGACCAUCUGCCUCUCUGGUACAGGUAUGAAGUCAGUCACCGGCACCCCCUAUUGGAUGAGUCCAGAAGUGAUCAGUGGGGAAGGGUAUGGGCGGAAAGCAGACAUCUGGAGCGUGGCCUGCACAGUUGUAGAAAUGCUGACUGAGAAACCACCCUGGGCGGAGUUUGAGGCCAUGGCCGCCAUCUUUAAAAUUGCCACCCAGUCCACCAGCCCGCAGCUGCCAGCACACGUAUCCGACCACACCAGGGACUUCCUUAAAAGGAUUUUUGUAGAGGCCAGAUUGAGGCCGUCGGCUGAAGAACUGCUAAGGCACACGUUUGCCCAGUGUCACUAGUGACGCCCCCCCCCCCCACCCCCCUCGUUCAGCUCUUCCUCUCCGCUGCGUCCUUCCAAAGCUGAUGGCACUUUACAAGCCAACUAAAGACACGUAUGGUAUUGACAAGAGAGAUGACCGAUGAUUCUCUCGAUUCUACUCCUCUUAUUGGAGGGCUCCUUGGACUGGUCACAGUAAAGACAAAGACUUCCUGAUGUUCAAAGCUUGGAACAUGGUACAUCUGCGUUACUCCAAGUCAAAGCACUUUAGAACAUUCUCAUUCCUUGUCCUUUUUUAGUAACGGGAACCUUCCGGGACGAAGGACACAAAACAAGUUGUGAAGGACAUGUAGACGCAGGUCGGCACAAGGCAGCUCCGUUUUUUAUUUUUUAAUAAUAAUUUUUUUUUUGUAGAUUAUGUACAAGCACUGCUUGGGAUCAGAGCUAUUUUUCGUUUUUUUUUUUUUUGUAUUCGUGUUCCGUUUUUGACCGGUAAUUCUGAUUCCAUGUGUAUGCAUAACCUGAUCCAUUGGCAAGCAUUAGCAAAACCGCAUUGCUGCAGGAGCAACCAACCUUCCGGGAUCCCCCACCUCCCCAAGCGAAAUAUACAGGCCCCACACCACUGUACCCUAAACCAAGCCCAUAUUGUGGAUGAAAUGCGUCGGAUGCAGAGUUACACCUUGCAGAGAAGACUGACUUUGAUGUGAAGUGCCACAGUGGAGUGCGGUCGGUGUGUGUUCUACUUAUCUGAUCCAUUGGGCUUCAUCCAUCUGGCAAAGAACGAAGUGCAAUAAGCCAACUGUCUGCUUUUUGUACGCUUUUUCGUUGCCGUUCGCAGUGCUUACCGAGCAAGCCUUUGAGGCUUUAAUACAAUCCCAAACUCACGUUCCAUCUGAUUUUAAUAGAUGAGGUAGGCAGGGUGGGGGUUGUAGGAUCAGAGGAACUUUCCUUAAACCUGUAAGGCCCUUUUCACACGUGCGGAGGACCUUUUUAGGCAGGGCUGUGGA